AUGGACUCUGACCCAAAGAACAUUGGGUCGUUGGUUUCUCUCCUAGAUGAACAGAUAAAUGAUACGGAGACAAGUAUUGUGUCUCUUCAGACGCUAGCACGUCAAUUGGUGCCUAAUGAGAUUUAUGAUGAUCUCAGUAAGGAGCAGGACAAAACCGAGGAUGAAACUGUCCAUGCUGAUAAAGAGGCCGUGAUCAAAGAGUUGGAGAAAGCUAGGAUUGAACUUGUAGUUUCUCUACAGCAACAAGAUUUCAUUGGGUCGAAAUUGGAGGCGAUGAUCGCAGAUUCUGAGCUGCUUGUGAAUAGUGUGAUGGAGCAUUGCAGUGCCAAUGAAAGAGUCACUGGUGCAGAGGAGGCAGCAUUUGAGGAAAGAAUGAGUGGAUACAAAAAAGCAGUCGAGGAUGUUACCUUAAAAGAUUUGGAUGAGAAUUUGCAGAAAUCAACAGUAGCUUUGAAGCAUCUCCAAAGCGAUGCUCUACGAGCCUUUGAAAACAUAUUGUCUAAUCACGAUAAGGCCCUGUCUACAGAGUACAAGCAUCAACUAACAGAGGUGAUCAAUACACUUAAUGCUACAUUUGAAAGUUUAGUGAAGCGUUAA